AUGCUAAGUGCGCUUAUCUCGACGCUAUGCUACACCUUCCUGAUUGUUUACGUCAGUCAAUGUGUACCUUGGAGGAGACGGCAAGCCAUUCGACUUACCGUUCAAUUUAGUGGCCUAGUGCUUGCCCUUCCGCUUUUUUGUGGUAUCCACGCCGGCAUAAGCUGCCUCUCUUGGGAGAUUGCUUAUCCGUUACAAGAGCGAAUGUACUUGAUAGUGAAUAUCAGUCUAUCGUGUCUACAUCCGUGGACGUAUUUCGUUUUUAACGGUGAAGUAAGAAGAAAAGUAAUAAAUACAGCAAGGUGCCACAUUCAGAUCCAUGUCUCAACCGUUAACGCCAGACAUGUUGCUCCGUUGAGCACAGGAAGCUGA